AUGAAUCCCAAGAAAUGUGUCUUUAGAGUUCAGGCAGGAAAUUUCUUAGGUUUCUUGGUCCACCAAAGAGGCAUAGAGAUUGAUAAAAACAAAGGAAAAUCCUUCAUAGAAGCUCUACCACCUCAAAACAAGAAAGAACUGCAUAGUCUCCUAGGAAAAAGUAAUUUUCUAAGGAGAUUCAUAUCCAAUUAUGUAGGAAAGAUCCAGCAUUUCUCCUCCUUGUUAAGGUUGAAACAGGAACAAACGUUCAAGUGGGAAGAACAGCACCAACAAGCUUUUAAGGAACUCAAGCAUUACCUCUCAAAUCCCCCAGUUCUAUCACCACCAAAGAGAGGUAGACCACUCAAACUCUAUGUGUCUGCAUCAGAAGUGUCCAUUGGGAGUCUGUUAAUCCAAGAUAACAAGGGAACAAACAGGCAAUCUACUAUCUGA